AUGAAUAUCGUACACGUCCCCAAGAAGACCCCGGUGUCACCCGACACCCCCUCCUUUGGAAUCGAAUUCGAAUUCCUCAUCGCCGUUCUCGCUAAACCCUCUAUCGAAAACCCCAACCCCUCUGAUCCACGGACCGUCUACUUCCCCUCGACCCCCCAAGAUAACGCACCAGCCUACUUCCAAAUCCCCGUCGGAAAAGAAAACUGGGCCAACGAAUGGUCCAUCUACGCACCACAUCAAACGCACUCUCACCUCCAUUGGUCUCCCCACCGAGCCCGAAAAAGCCCAUUCCAAUUUCGCCAUGUGGGAAAUAACUCGAGACGGCUCCAUCACGCCUCCCAAACCCCCUCAUCAUCGCCACAAAAAAGCCUACGCCGAUUGGCAAGCUUACACCUAUUACCCCAUCGAAGUCCGCACUCCCGCAUACUACUACUGCGAAGAUGCGCUCCGAGGACAUUGCCGAUUUCUGUAAAAUCAUGCGCAAAAACUACCCUCGUCACCGUCAACAAAUCAUGCGGUCUUCACGUCCACGUCGGCUACGGAACGCAGGGAUUUACCCUCCCGCACCUCCGUCGUCUGGGCGCUAUGAUCCAAGCCUUCGAACCGCAAUUCGAUUCCAUUCAUCCGGAACAUCGUAUCGAUUCCCGAAACGAUCAUUGUGUCUCUUUCCGCGGAAACACGAUUUUAAAUCGAUCCCCGCGCGUGCUCAAAACCAUCGCGACGCUGCUAGCGUGCGAAAGCAGAGAUGCUUUUCGUACGUGUGUAGCGAGUGAGGGGGCCGCAGGUGCGCAUUCGUUUGUGGGACAUAAGACGGCGUGGAAUUUUGAUCGCAUGGGAACGGAGACGAGACCGCGCGACAGGGUUUUACCGGAUACGAUCGAGUUUCGCGGACAUGAGGCGUCGUUGGAUGCGGAGGUUGUGGGGAAUUGGGUGAGGGUUUUGGUGGGGUUGGUUGAGUACUCGAGGAGUCCUGACCCUUGGGGGUUUGGGGAGUUGCUUUCGAGAGUUAAGGGGGAGAAAUGGGAGAGAGGGGAGAGGAAUCAGAGGAUUACUGGGAGAGGAAGAUAUGAACCCGGUGGGGUUAUGUAUAGACCUGUUUUUGGAGAGGAGUGGUGUGGCUUGGUGGAUUUACUGAGAGUUUUGAAACUAGAGGGCCCAGCACUGUACUAUGAGAAUAGAAAAGGUAGGUGGUUGGAAAAUGGAGCUUAUAAUCAUUGGUAUACGCAGGCUCCGAGCGAGUAUGUUAUACCUAUUGAUGAGGAUCAUAAUGAUAACGACAACGACGAUAAUAAUGAUGAUAAUGAUAAUGGAGAAGACGAUCAAUCUUCACCUUCACCAAAAUCAUCUUCGGGUUCGAAAUCCAGUCGUUUCGAUCCUUUCAAUCCUAAUCCUAUUACUCUCGAAAAACCGGUUGAGAAACCUGAAGAGAAGAAACCAGAAGCUGUGGUAGCAACACCAAUUGAUCUAUCACAACUCGACAUCGACGUAAGUCAUCCCCAACCCCCACCCGAACCCUCAUCAGCAAAACCAUCUAGCAAAAAAUCCGACUCUCCAGAAUCUUUUCCUACGCGUCCGAACCCUGGAGUGGCAAUCGAGAUACCCAUUUCUGAUGUUUCCCCCGAGAAACCAGAUGUCGCGGAACCAGAUACCACUACCUCGAAACCGAAACCUACUCCCACCCCGCACACCGGAUUCCGAGUCCCUUCUUCUUCUUCCUCUUCAAGUACUAAUUCUAGCACCGAAUCGGUUUCCCCCACUUUAUCUCACUAUGAACGCGAAGCCGCCAAGGCUCGCGCGUUUACGGCGAAAUUUUGGGAGGAGGAAAAUAAGAGAGGGAAAGCAGAGGCGGUGAAGAAGGAAGAGGAGAGAAAACGAGCGUUUGAAGAGAAGGUGGAAAAAAAUAGAAAAAAGAGUAGCAUGGAUAUCGGAAGCGAGAGAGACCCGAGCGAUAGAAGCGCGGGCUCCAAACCCGAGUUUACGGACUUGGGGCCGCAGGAAGAAGAAUUGUGGAAGCCAGAGGGAUGGAGAGGCGUAGAUGGAGAAGAGAUAAGCGAAGAGACGAAAGUCCUCGAAGAAGAGAGGAAACGUGCGGAAGAGCAAACACGCCAGGAAGAAUUAAUCCGUAAUCUCAAACCCGGGAUUGGAUAUCUCAAAACCGACCAACACUCGCAUCUCCUUCAAGGAACCACCCCUGAAGAAAUCGAAGCCCUCGCCCCCAACACAUCCAACUUCCUCGGACGUCCCUUCCACCGCCUCUUCCGCGCGCCCUCUACCCCCUUCCUCGAAUACGCCCCUUCAGGCGCAGGAAUGGAUCCUAAUCGCAACCCGUACCCGGGCCCCGUCCCCUUCAUCAACGAGUACUACGCCGCCGCCCUAACAGACGCCCUCGAAAGCACCAUCGGCGAACCCUGGAGCGAGGACCACGAGCUACUCACUCGCUCCGCAGGCCUCGCACGCAUGCUGCGCGGCCGCCAAUUCUACGAAGUGUCGCCGACCAUCAAAAAACGUCUCUUGGGAUAUAAUUUCACCAUCGAUCAUCGCAACCGCGGGACGAAACUCCAAGGACUUUUUCCCGCGCGCGCGCACAACGUUGAGGAAUUCGAAGCGGCCGAAGAUCGCUGGUGGCGCGGCCAACUCGCCGAAGGGGAGAUUGUGAGACUGGAAAGAUUGGCGGCGAGUUCCGAUGAGGGUGUUGCGCUGACGGCGCUGGAGAUGCUGGAGCUCUGGCGGAGAGGUGAUUCUCAGUAUCUGUAUGAGCCGGAGGGUGUGCAGAAUCCUUUUUCGGCGGCUGUGAGAACUCAGGUGCAGGUCGAGGAGGAUGUUAGUCCCGGGGAGGUGGUGUUCGGUCCCGAGACGGAUCCGAAUGCGAUUGUACCGGCUAGAGAUCCGAGGAUAGCGGAGAGAAGGAGGUUUAGGGAUAUAUUUGAGGCGGAUGAGAGAGCGAGGAGAAAGUUGGAGGAGGAGGAGGAGGAGGAGAUGGAGAAGGAAAUGGAGCGGAUAGAGGCGGAGAAGAAGAGGAGGAUGGAGUUUGCUAUUGCGAAGAUUUUGAAGGCAAGAGAGGAGGCUGCGGAGAAGAAGAGGAAGGAUGAAGAGGAGGAGGAGGAAGAGGAGGAAGAAGAGGAGGAGGAGGAAGAAGAAGAGGAAGAAGAAGAGGAGGGAGAAGAGGAAGAUACAACUAGAGCGGCCCCGGAGCCGGAAAAUAGUUGGCAGAGAGGUGAUGAGGGAGGGUUCGGAACGGUUUAG